AUUUGCAAUCUCUUUUUUCACCUUCUUUGCCCACCAAUUUCUUCUCUCUCUUCCCUCCCUCCUCUCGAGCCAAUCUUCUUCUUCUUUUCUUUUUCUUUUCUUUCACUCUACAGUCUACACAAUCAUCAACAACCGGUUUUUUCAUCAUCGCCACCACUGCCUCCGGUCCAAAACAAUGUUUUCAAUUUAAUCCAUUGUCAAAAACUCACUGUCUUACCACUUUCAAUUUAAUCCAUUCCUAAAUUUGUCUCUAUUUUCUUCUUCUCCAUCAUCAAAUUGUCAUCUCUUCUUUUUGAAUUCCCAUAAGGCAGCAAGAGUGUAUUUCUCACAAAGACUGGUGGCUCACGCAAUGAUCUGUACAUCUUGAUACCAGCUUUCGGAAUCGUCCAGGGGAACACCAUUCUCCCCCGCAUCAUAAAUUCUAGUAUUCCUCACAAAGACUGGUGGCUCACGCAAUGAUCUGUACAUCUUUUCAACACUUUUCUUUAAUAAAUUUCAUGGUGAACUUUUCCAACAACGUCGCAAGAAAUAUGAAAUAUUUCGGCCGGUGAUUAAUGUCGUCAUCACCAACGAUAAUAAGGUAAAGGAAGUCGGCAAAUCGAGUACUAUAAAUACGAAGGAGAUAGUAACAGAAAUUAAACCAUCCGCAGAAGACUUUAUUCAUAACCAAACACAAAAUAAAAAAGCCUUCUAAACCGGGAGAGCGAUCGGAGGAUGACGACGUUCGUCGAUCAUUACGUUGUAUUAGGUUUCCCAACUGGAUACGAUGGAGUCCUGCUUUCAGACAGAAAAAUCCGUUCAGGUCCUCACAAGACAUCCGACGAGAUGUUUAAAGACUUUCUACUUAAUAUCCCUGAUCUCGCUAUUCGUCAACAGGCCUUGAAAUCUUUCCGGGUUCUCACCGACAUGAAUUCCCGGCUAGUCUUCAACUACGACUUGUUAAACCGCUACGACAUCGACGCCGGAUUCCGAGAGCUCUGCGACAUCCACAAUGACCGGCUCCGAGAGAAGGAAGCAAAAUCCAUCAAUAUUAGUGUUGGAAACAAGCAGGCGAGCGCACAAUGGAGUUUGGCACCAAUUACCAUACCAGGAAAGAGCGAAGCAAUGGAGUUUGUGGAUCAUUAUGCGGUGUUGGGUCUUCCAACCGGCUAUGACGGAAUUCGGGUUUCUUUAAAAGAAAUCCGUUCCGGCUUCAUGAUCAAAGCAAGACGGAUGCUUAAUAUUCCCGUUAGUGUUAAGCAGCUCAUGAAUUCUUGCAGAGUCCUCUCUGAUGUGAAUACUCGAAACCUCUUCAACCUUGAGAUGCUGAGGACGCGAUUAAAACCCGACCUUGAUCACCUGCAGCGGAUCCUCCUUGAGGAAGGGCGAGGAACAACAACAGCAAAUCCUCCUCACGAUGAAAGCAUAAUAAGACCGAUGAAGAUGAGGCGGUUAUCGAGUUGAGAGAAAGAUCUAAAGCUUAAUCAGCAAAAAAAUUUCAGAAUUCAAUGUUAGACAAGUGUAUAAUAAUAUAUCCAAGUUUUUCAUUCAUUAUUUUAUUCCUAUGUAACUGUUUAAGACCUUGGUCUUCUCUAGUUUG